GCAGAUAGAGAGAAGGCAAGCGAAGGGGGCGGAAGGGAGGGGAGUGAGAGAAAAAGGGGGAGCACAUGUGUAUGCUUGUCACUGAGGGGCUGGGAGAAGGACUAAGGGAAGAGAGGUAGCUGGCCACAGCCGCCAUAUGCUGACUGGAUUCCUGUUCAUGUCUGCUGUGUGAAGACUGUAGGUUGGUGUAGUGUGCUGGCUGGCUGGGGAACACACCAUGGGAAGCUCACAUCUCCUCAACAAAGGCAUGCCUCUAGGCAUUAGACCACCCAUUAUGAAUGGGCCCAUGCACCCGCGCCCCUUGGUGGCGCUAUUGGACGGGCGUGACUGCACGGUGGAGAUGCCCAUCCUGAAAGAUGUAGCAACUGUGGCUUUCUGUGAUGCUCAGUCCACACAGGAGAUCCACGAGAAGGUCCUGAACGAAGCUGUAGGAGCUCUAAUGUACCACACCAUCACUCUGAUGCGAGAAGACCUGGAGAAGUUUAAAGCUCUGCGGAUCAUCGUUCGUAUUGGCAGCGGUUACGACAACAUAGACAUCAAAUCUGCCGGAGAACUCGGAAUAGCGGUUUGUAACAUGCCAGCAGCUUCGGUGGAGGAGACAGCGGACUCUACGCUCUGUCACAUCCUCACACUGUACCGACGGACCACCUGGCUGCACCAGGCUCUGCGAGAAGGCACCAGAGUUCAGAGUGUGGAGCAGAUUCGAGAAGUGGCAUCAGGAGCAGCUAGGAUCAGAGGAGAGACUCUGGGACUCAUAGGGCUCGGGCGGGUGGGCCAGGCUGUAGCCCUGCGAGCCAAGGCUUUUGGCUUCAACGUGAUUUUCUAUGACCCUUAUUUGGCUGAUGGUGUAGAAAGAUCUCUGGGACUACAAAGGGUCACUACGCUACAGGACCUGCUCUUCCACUCAGACUGUGUCUCUCUGCACUGCAGCCUCAAUGAACACAACCACCACCUGAUCAACGACUUCACCAUCAAACAGAUGCGCCAGGGGGCAUUCUUGGUGAAUACAGCCCGAGGGGGUCUGGUGGAUGAAAAGGCCCUGGCUCAAGCUCUGAAAGAGGGGAGGAUACGUGGAGCUGCUCUGGAUGUUCAUGAGACGGAGCCUUUCAGUUUCAGUCAGGGUCCACUGAAGGAUGCCCCUAAUCUCAUCUGCACACCUCAUGCUGCCUGGUACAGUGAGCAGGCAUCACUGGAGAUGCGAGAGGAGGCAGCCAGGGAGAUCCGAAGGGCUGUGACAGGUCGUAUUCCAGACAGUCUGAAGAAUUGUGUGAAUAAGGAGUUCCUCACCCCCAACAACCACUGGACAGGAGUCGAUCCAGCUGCAGUCCAUCCUGAGCUGAACGGCGCUUAUCGUAAAUCUCACAUUAGAGAAGAGCCCACGAGUUGUCAGAGGAUUUAAGUCAGGUAUCCCCCUGGAGUGGUGGGCUUGCCAGCUGGUGGCCUCCCUCCACCAGUUGAAGGCAUCUUGCCAAGCGCUGUGCCAAUUACACACACCCUCCCGCCUGCUGUCACACCCCACGCACCGUCUCCUGGACAAAACACAGUGAAACCACCAGAGGGUGACAGAGAGCAGCAUCCCAGUGAUCAACUGUAGCCACUUUGCAAGCAAAUGCACACUUGUUCAUGUUGUCUGGCAGCUGGAGGAGACCCACACGGCAACAUUAGUUUCUGAAUUACAAGUUGUUAUCACACAGGUUCAGAUUGGACUUUCAACUCUCUGCCAGUUGCGUUUCAACACACUCCAAAGAGGAAGAAGGAAUACAUAAUGGACUAAAAGGACUGGGUAACUGAUGGCUGCUGCAAUUAAAAAACUAGACUGUUGUCUUUUACCCCAACCACAUGGUGAUUUACUGAUCACAGGUAAAUCUUCAAAUACUUGGAAAAGGUAGAAAAAUAUAUGUUUGUUGAUUUGAGAUGAAAAGCAAAUUUGACUGUCUUAGACUGUGGUGUGUCCAAAGGUAGACGGGGUGGGUUUGAUGUUUUUCUCUUUUUUCAGUAGUUCAGUGUACAAGCAAAGGUAAUAGGUGACAUGAAUGUAACCUGUCUGUGUGCAUUUUUUUAGACUUACAACAAGAAGAUAUUGAUAUUUGCAUACCGGUCUUAAAAAAGAGGUCUCUACAUGUAGCCAAACUGGUUUGAGAAUACAAUGUCAACUUCUGUUUUUAAUUUGCCCAAAUUUAGCAAAGUCCCCAAAAGAGGCAGCUUUUUGCACACCGUCUCAGGAAAUUAAGUUUCUGCAGUUGGUAGAGCAUUGUUUUAAACAUUGGUUGAGUUUUGUUGAAUUAUUUUUAUGCCACUUAGUGCUUUUGUUUUUCUACCUGCUUGCCUUUUUUAACCUUUCAACAUUAGGGUUUUACAACUUUGGCUAGAGGUAAAGUUGAUCUAAUGUUUGUGUUUUGUCAGUUUUGUUUACGGAGCAUGCUCUUGCUCUUGAAACUUGUGUAAAUGUUUGACCCAAACUGAAGGGAUAAAAGGCUGUAGAGAAGUGGGAAAAUGGUAUGCUUGCUUGGGAUGUCUUGAUUUCUUGUGGCAGAUUUAAUUUAUUGGUAAGGUGGCAUGCUGAUAGUUUGUAGCAGCCUACAGAUUGACAAACUGUCCUGUUAAAAUUCUGUCACAAUCUUCUCCUUGUGGCCUGAUUCAGUGCUUUCUGUGUCAUACAUUAUGCAGGUUAUGGAGCAUGAAAAGUUAAAUAAAUUAUUGUUACCACAUGCUGCUAAUUCUGCAUCAGUGCUGCAUUUCUUGCUAAUAUGUAUUUAUAUGUUCAUUUAACCAAAAGUUGCUAAUAUGUUUUCAAAUUGAGAUGUGCAUUGCAUUUAAAAGAUCCAGUAGAUUCACAUUUUUCACUUGAAACUGAAAAGCAAAUUCUCCUAAAUGAACCUAAUUUUAAAAAACAAAGACAAACCAGAAGCCUAUGGUUUUUACUUCAACACAAGUGAGAUCUCAUACUUUAGCACUGAGAAGCAAAUGAGAUUCACAAUAAAGUUAAAACAAAAAUGCCAGUUCCUUCAGAUAGAUCCCUUUAAUAUUUAAAGCUGGAUCCUUUCCAAGUAUACCAUUUAACCACCCUCACUGGCCUCUUCUGUCUAUGUGUACAUACGGUGUUCUGCCUGCCUGUGUCAAUGUGACUUGGUUGUAUCUGUGUCUAAACAGCAGCACUGGGAGGAUGGGUUUUAGCAAGUAUUAUCCACAUAGCAUAAUUACAAAGUGUGCUAAUUAAAUUUACAAUAUACCACCUCAUGAACAAAAUCUAAUAAAAGUGACCUAAUUUGGGCUGAGAGUCUUACAUAGAAACAGUAGAUGCUUUGAUAAGAGAGGUUGAAACCAUUUAACUGGUAGCAGAACUCAGCACUGUCUAUUUGGAAUAUUUACAUCUGACCCCAGUUCAGGUGUAAAAAAACCAGUACUUUCUGGAUCCCAUCCAACCAGCAGCUGGAUAGUUAAAAAACAAAUAAGCAAAACAACAACAAAAAAAAAAACUCAAACAGUUUACUGUUCCCUACCUGGCCGUUAUGGUGAGGUAUUGAGCGUAGCAAUCAGGGAUGGACAUUUCUCUGCCAUUUCACAGCCGACUAGAUGUUGAGCUCUUUUGGGCCAGAAACUGACUAGGUUUUACUGAACAGAGGGUACGUUUGUUUCAGACUGAAGUCCUAAACAUUUUAAUAUUUAAUCCUGAACUUCGGUCUUUAUCUUGCCUGUCAUCUCGUGGAGGAGCAACUCUUUGCUGGUUGUUCCUAUAAGAAAUUCAAAACAUUCCUCCUUCAAACCGACGGGUGCCACAAAGAAAAAGCGACAGCCUUGCUUUAAAAAGUGCUGCUUGAAAUUCCAUCCCUGGUAGUAACACACAGUCCACUGUUGCCUACCUUAGUCACUUUUAUGGUAAAGUAGUAGGCGUAGCAAUAUACAGUAUACAUAUUCUAUAUUCUACAGUAAAUAUUAUUUUUGGUCAAAUUAGGACAUGAAAAUGUGUGACUGUAUGAAUUUGUAUGAAUUAUUUUAAAGAGGAAAUAAACAGUUGAAAGGUGA